AUGAGCAUGUACAAUAACAUCGUGGAUCUCAUUAAGAAUAAAAAGGAGGUCAUAAAGGAGGAAAAGAAGCAGAGGGCUCUGAGCUGCCACUAUGGAAAGAGCGCCGUGGGGGGAAGCGCCAUGAGGGGAAGCGGCGUGAGGGGAGGCAGCGUGAGGGAGAAGGGCACCCGAGGGAGUAGCAUGCAGAACCAUGCCGAUGCCCAACUCACACGUAACGCGCUCGUAAAAAGCUUCCUUUCCGCACACAAACAGAUAAAGGAGAUACAGACACUGAAGGAUGUGUCUCUCCAAACGGCAAUGUACAUCCUCAAGGUCGAGAUGGAAAAAAUUGAGAUGAUAAAAAAGUGCGACAAAUGGAAAACCGUGCCUUAUGUAUAUCAAAAGACAGCGGAUGAACUUCUACUCAGAAAAAGAGAGUACUUAAAAAAUUUACAAAAAUACCAUAGGCAAAGUGGAGAGGAAGGGACAAAGGGGGAGAGCUGCUUUCGUAAAUUUUCCAUUAAAAACGGCAGGUCUAGAUCAGUCCAUCAUGAUAAGGUGAAGAUGAAGACCUCAGUUCGCUUCAACGAUCUUAUCCGUUCGUGCUCGCAGAGACAGGUGGGUAGCCGUGAAUUCGUGACCAAUUUUAAGGGCGCAACUGGGGGGGUGGCCAAGGAACAGGGGUGGACGCAGCAGCGGAGGAGCAGAAGCAGGAGCAGAAGCAGUAGGAGCAGAAGCAGGAGCAGGAACAGCAGCAGCAGCAUCAACGCCAAGUUGAACGGGGAGGACGCAACACGGAGUGAAGUGGGCGGCGAAGCUAGCAGUGUUGGCGCCAUCAAGGCAGCCCCGUCGAGUGAAGCGACCAGUGCCAGGGGACGCAUAGUGAAUUACCGAGGCUGCUUCUACGAUGGCACACCCGCCCUUAGUGAUCCCGCUGAGAGUAACCCCCCCGAAGGUGACCGCUCCUCGGGGAACUGCCUGUACUAUUACGAGCACGGGGGAGCGGGGGGAGCGGGGGAAGCAACCAAGGUGGGUGGAUCCAAGAGCGCCAAGCAUGGCGGAGUGAGCAUGGCAAAGCAUGGAGGAGUGAACAGAGCGAACCAUGGCGGAGUCGAACCCACGCACCUCCCCACCAAGCAGAGCAAUCCCCUGCACAGGAAGGAGUCAAAAAAAGGAGAAAGAACAGAUGAAGAAUAUCCAACGAAAGAAGGACUCCUGGACAAGAAAAGCAAAGGGAACCAACCUGCUUGUCUCUCCACAUCAUACAAUCACAGUGGGAAAAAUAACACCAAAUACUCCAGUACGUGUAACCUCCUAAGCGUAGGUAACCUCAUGCCACAAGGAUGUAGCAACGGAAGAAUGAUAAAAUACGAAUGCUUUAACUUAAAGAGACAGACGUCUUGUGUCAAUUUGAAGAAAACCAUUCCGAAUUUUGAGCGACACACCGUCUCGUCAUUUAUCAAGAAUCUGAGUGCGCAAAGGUCAAUUCAAGAGAAGAGGUCUGGGGAGAGGUUCGGAGAGAGGUCCAGCGAGAGGGUCAGCAAAAGGGCCAGCAGAGUGGCCAGCAGAGGGGGGGGCAGGACCUCCCAGAGUGGGAAGAAGUCCCUACUGGGUUCGAAGAGAGAUAUAGCUAGUUCGAAGAGAGAUAUAGCUAGUUCGAAGAGAGAUAUAGCUGGUACGAAGAGAGAUAUAGCUGGUACGAAGAGAGAUAUAGCUGGUACGAAGAGGACGCUGUCCACUGCGAAGCGAACCAUGUCCGAGGGCAACGCUUUGACCAGGUCGUCCAAAAGGGGAGUUCUGGAUAAACUUGGCAUGAUGAAUAAGAUAGAAAAAUUAUACCUCCUAAACGAGCUGAGGAGGAUGAAUAAGCUGGCUCAGUCCUCCCAGGGGAAUAUAGCAGGAGGAGGUCUGUACGGAGAAGACCUCCCCAGUGACCAGCUGCACGGAGCACUGCACGGAGCACUGCACGGAGAACUGCACGGAGAACUGCACGGAGAACUGCACGAGGACGACGACGCAUUCGAGAACCUCUGGAACACAGUGGUGAAGGAGCAAAUCUCCAUCGCGAAAAGGAUGAACUCUUCUAUUAACAACAAAUUUGAUCUGUAUCAUAUUGGGGCUCUUAAUGAGAACUACUCCUGGGUGAAGAAUUUGAGAAAUUACAGCAACUCGAUGAGCAGAACGAGGCAGAACACUUGGAGGGGUAGCCUCGAUGGGGGCAGCUUCAGAGGGGGUAGCCUCAGGGGGGGCGGUUCUAGGACAUCCUUCUCCAAGCCCCACAGCAGGUUGAACAGUAAAGCGGUCCCAAAGAAGAAGAGGGCAUCCGUCCGGAAAAGCGCCGCACGUGAGGCGAGCACUAGUCAGCCGAGUAGGACCAGUCAGCCGAGUAGGACCAGUCAGCCGAGUAGGACCAGUCAGCCGAGUAAGACCAAUCCGCUGAGUACAACCAAUCAGCUGAGUAGCAUCGCCCCGUUGGCUAGACGCCCCUCCCCAGCGCUCUCCGAGGACGACCAGACUAACGGAAGCGCUAGUAGCGACGAGAACGAUUACGAUCACCACGUGCACAUCAAAAGAGGCCUCUACUGCACGGACGACCCUCCCCUCACAGAGGGGACGAAGAAAGAGAGGCACCCCCCCAUGCAGCACCGUAACACAAACGAGGUACCCUUCAUAACGAAAGACACAACAAAUUGGUGCGAACCAGGGAAACACUUCCUAGAAGCGGAAGACAAAUCCCCAUUGGAAAAAAUGCCUAAACGAAAAAGCUACACAAGAAUGGAUCAAAUAAUUAUGAACAAGUCAGGUAAAAAUGAAGAGACUUCCCAAACAAAAGGAUCUCCUCCCCCACGAGUCUACGAAAUUAUUAUUAACGUCCCAAAGAGAGAUAAUGCUGUAGGGUACAUGGAAUCCCAGUUUUAUUGUGAAGAGGAACCGGUUGUCAAUUCGUAUGUCUCCCAGAGUAACGAAAGAGUGGAUGGCUCUUCUGGUCAUGGAAUUCGCCUGACUUGUGCAGGUGAAAAUUGCGACGUUGUGCAAAAUGAGUGCGUCAAUUUGAAGCUGAAAGGGAGACACGUGUACAGGAACAGCGGCGACAAGUGCAUCGACUAUUGCGGCAACUACCCCAGCGACUGCCGCAGUGACUACCGCAGCGACUGCCGCAGCGACUGCCGCAGCGACUACCGCAGUGACUACCUGACCAAUUGGAAGCAAUACGUUAGUGACAACAUACAGAGAGUGAGAGACUUCACCAAGGAGAACAGCUGCACAGGGGUAUCUCCCCCCACCUGUUUUGCUGCAGAGGAGAAAAUCAACCCUUGUGGUGGAUUCCAAGCUGUGAAUGUAAGCAACGUGGAGAUGGGAACGUCCGAAGAAUAUGAUGCGAAGGCUAUUGGGGAUACUGUGAGGAGUAAGGUAAUUUUCGCAGAUGGAGGGGACCAUCAUAGGGAUCCCUUUGUGGAGAGACCUUCCCAGGAGAAGGACUCUUUGCAGGACUCGUUGCAGGACUCGUUGCAGGACUCGCUGCAAGACUCGGAGGGGGGACUCCUCUCCUGCGAUAGAACUCUCAGCGUUCGUGAUAACUUUAUGUUGUGUGGGAAGGCAGCAGCCCCGUUGGAAGGGGCACUGCUAAAGGGGGAGAGUGUGGAGAACCCCCCACAGGACGCGCACAUGAGAGAAAAUAAUCUCGGGAAGACCCCCAGUGUAGGACUCUCCCUCUCCAGAGUAGACACACUAAAGACUGCGAAUCAGCACAACGUCGAAAGUGCAAAGGUCAACACAGAUGAUGCAGUCGGGGAUAUACUAGAUGCAUACUUAGGGGUGAUAAAUGGAAACGAAUAUAUUCGCGAAUCCGUCUUAAGAAAUGAUGAUAAGAAAGGGACAGCUACCCUUGUGGGGAUGACUCCCUUGAAGGAGAACACCAUGAGGAAGGCACCAGCAAUGCUUCACUCAGAUGUGAAGUUGGCCCCGAUUGACAACCCACUACACAGAGUGGAAAACUCCCAUCAAACGGAUUACAACGAUAUGAACAGGAGACCCACCACGUAUAGCUUCCCAGUCGCCACGAACAACAAAGGGGAAGGAGAAGGAGAAGGAGAAGAAGCAGAAGGAGAAGAAGACGAGGUGAAGAAACGGGGAACGGAUAAACACAACAUGGUGAUGAUGCCCCCUUUGAUAGAACCCAACCAGGACAACUACGUAAUGAUCAAGAAUGUCAUUCCUAUCCCAAAGCUAAAAUUGGAUAAAAUCCAAGAGAGCAGAAAUUUUAACUCCUACGAAGUACGCUAUGUGAAGGAAUCGCAGAGUGAGUUCCAAGCACCCCACCGUGCAGGUAACUCUGUAGAUGUAGAUGUAGAUCCAACAGGGAAGAUGAACGUUCAGAAGAACAUGGCGUGUUUAAAUAGUAACCUGUUUGGAGUGGCCAAUCCGACAUGCUUCCCUAUCAUCACGUGUAAUAAUAUUGCAAUUAAAGGUUCGAUGGAUCCUUUCAUUAGUAAAAUUAAUUGCUUGGGUGGCACCGAUCCGAAUGAACCCACAAAGUAUGACAAUGGGGUAGAUGCAGACAAGGAUCUGCUACAUCUGGAGAGUAAGUAUACACGAAGCCCUGUAGGAGUGACUCUAAUGGGUGAGAAGAAAGAGGUUCAUCUGCCUGAUGAUGGAUUACAGGAGAACGUUAAAAUGCCUAUCAGCUCCACCACCAUUCACUGUGAUGGUAGCAACUCGAAUGAAGAAAAUGGGUUCAGUAGACUAAGAACCAACAUUACUGAUAUGACCAACUUCCCUUCCAAUAAGACCAAUUUUAUGAUGGGGGAUCCUUCCAUCAACUCGGGGAAGCCACCUGAUUGGGACCAUCUCCCUCACAGGGAGGUUAAAAAAGCAGGUCAUGGUGCUGCGGCUGCUUCUGGUCAUGGUGCUACUUCUGGAGCUGCUGACCAGAGUGAGGGCAUAUCCCCGCAAGGGGCCCCCUCCGUGACCCCAAGAGUGUCUACAUCUACGCUGUGCAUGAAUAAUAAUGGGUUCACUACUAGGUGCCGAGACUUCCGAUGUGACAGCAGCAUCCUCCUUGAUGUCUCGAAGUCCAACUUGAAUUGCAUGCAGGGGGGAGAGCCCCUAGCUGGUCUUCGCUGCGGUGACGUCUCGCUGGGGCUACCCUCCGGCGGGUGUGUAAACGUGUGCGGGUAUGCGACCCAUGGGGGGCCAACGAGUGGGCAUCCCGUCGGUCAGGAGGGCGGUGAAGCGGUCCCGAAAGGAGUGGCCCCCAGCGAAGCGGUCACGAAAGGAGUGCCCCCAGGAGAAGCGGUCACGAAAGGAGUGCCCCCCGGAGAAGCUGUCAACAAAGAAGCACCCCCCAGUGAAGCUCUCAACAAAGAAGCACCCCCCAGUGAAGCUCUCAACAAAGAAGCACCCCCCAGUGAAGCUCUCAACAAAGAAGCACCCCCUAUCGAAGCUGCCAACAAAGAAGCGACCCCCAUCGAAGCUGUCAACAAAGAAGCACCCCCCAAAAAGUCCUACGCCAACAUUAUUCUGAACUUUUUUGGGAUAAGAAGAACAAACGAAAAGGGGAAAGCAGAUCAAAGUGGAGAAAACAAGGUGGAAAGACCAAACAAAGAGAUACCAACAUGCUCAAAAAAGGUCCCAAAUAAUGUGAUGAGUACUCAGGUACCCAUUUUCUUUAGAAAGAAUUACCAACACGCACGUGCAAGCGAUUGUUACGUGAAGAAUCUUGAACGUGGUUGUACCUCCCUGGGUAGAUCCAACGGAUGCGUCCUUCCCUCCAUGACUAGCUUUGUGAAGAACACACAGAAAAAGGUUGCCACCAUAGGUAACGCACUCAAUCAAGGAAACACAUUAUUUACAGAUGGAUCCUGUUUAGAUGUGUCUGUGAAGGGUAGAAGAAGCCUUUCCACUCAUUGCCCUAACAUUAACGUAAUGAAAAAUGGAGGAACGAUUUGCAACGUGGGGUUCAUUCCGAGGGUGGCUAAACAGGUGAAUGGCUAUUGCAACACGCGCAAUGGAGUCAUGUGCAGUAGGGUCGCGGAUCUGCACGUGAAGCCCAUGAGGGGGGACGAAGUGGCGGAUCCGGGAAAGAAGGACCUCCCCUCCCAAGUGAGUAGCUACGUGAGUAACUUCGCGAAUGGUCUCGUGAGUGACUACAACUGCGUUGCCAGUAGGGGAGGCUGCUUACACCACGUGAGCGAGGUGGAAGAUGAAGACGUGGUGCAACGGAGGAUUCCCUCGCGAUGUAGCAGUCGGGGGGACCCUAAGUGGGGAAUUCCCGGCGGUGCAGCCAACCUCAGCGACAGUAGGACCAUGCCAAGUGGCUCAAUCCAAAGGUAUCAGAACGAAAAGUAUUUCACGAGGAGAACAAACGAAACGCAGUUCGAUAAGUAUGCAACGGACAUGUCACGGGGGAAUCCACUAGAACUCUCCUCCAAAAUGAAGAUCCCAAAGAGUCAUCCCCAUGUGGAUAUAACGAAUAAGCAACCCUUCCUAGUGAACGGAACGACUACUCAAACAAUGAUGGGAGCUGUUCCUCCUAUGACUACCGAGUUGGGAAAGAAAGAAACGGGACUCCCUUUUGUUAAUGCACCCAAUGUGGUGCAAUAUAAUCGGUCCGUUCUCAUCAGUGGACCGAGGAAAACUACAAAUGGUAUCAUAACCCCAAGUGAGAGGUACGUAAGUAACAUGGGAAGUACCCACUGGGAUAAGACACCUCUACCGAUGCGUAACGCACCUGAAGAUGUGAGUGGCACGUCUGAGUAUGUGUACAUGAAUAGGUUGGCAACGGUGCAGGGAGAGACAAACCGAGAAGCUAAGAAGGGGGGAAGCAUCAUGCAGAGAACGGAGGUGCAGCGAGGGGAGGGGAAGGAACAGAAAAGGGACACACACGGGGAAAAGGGCUCUCGUGAGGAUUAUUCGAUGCUCCCUUGGGGGGAGGAGGAAGAGGAGAGCGAAGUAGACGAGGAGGAAGAGGUGGAAGAUGAGGAAGAGGUGGAGGAUGAGGAAGAGGUGGAGGAUGAGGAAGAGGUGGAAGAGGAAAGCGGAGUAGACGUGGAAGAAGAGGAAGAAGAGGAAAGUGGAGUAGACGAAGAAGAGGUGGAAAGAGAGGUGGAGGAAGAGGAAGAAGAGGAAGAAGAGGAAAGCGAGGUAGACGUGGAAGAGGACGAAGAAGAGGUCGAAAGCGAGGAGGAAGAAAUUGGAAGUGGCGAAGGGGAGGAGGAGAUGGAAGAGGAGAGCGAGAUCGGAAGUGAAGAGGGGGAAGUAGAGGAGGAGGAUGAGGAGGAGGAAAAGAAGGAAAGUGGAGUAGACGUAGAGGACGAAGCUGGCAUCGAAGAAGAGGACGAAGCUGACGGUGAAGAAGAGGACGAAGUUGGCAUCGAAGAAGAGGACGAAGCUGACGGUGAAGAGGACGACCAAACUGGCAGCGAAGAGGACGACGAAGCUGACCACUCUGAUGACCACUCUGAUGACCACUCUGAUGACCACUCUGCUGACCACUCUGCUGACCACUCUGCUGACCACUCUGGUGACGCCGACGACGAGGCGGACGCGGAGGAACAACCCCCCCUUGCGUACAGAAAUGUGCCAAGGAAAAACGCGUCAGGGCAAGGCGUCCUCCUUCGCAAAAGCACGAACUGUGUGGAAGAGAACGGGGGAGAUGCCAACAGCUACCUGAACGGAAGUGCGCACACGAUAAACUCCGAUGCGGUGCGAAAGGAAAGCAACGAAUCGCACACCUUACACGAAGAGGGAACCUUCAGGUUGUCACCAAGUCAUUCAGAUGAUGAAACGGAAGGACGUGUUUUCUGCGCAAGCAUAUCUGGAAAGCAUCCCAGCUCGGAGAGAUCCUCAGGUGACACCAUGGCACGAAGUGGUGUCAGUGGUUGUACAAGCGAAGAGCAUAGCGGAUCGCACCACACGAAUUCGGGGGAGAAGCACCUACAUCCCCGUGCAGGUUUCCCUAAAGAACACAAGAAGGACAACGCACGUGAUGCCGACGGGUCAUAUAAGUACUUGGACGAAAUUGCCAAGAAAAUGGAACUAGAAAAAAAAGGCAACGAAGAGCUGAAGAAGAAGCUGCAGGAGCAGAUACUCAUACAAAGGGGCCUCGUCCGAAUAAAGGAGCAGCAGCAGGUGUACUUGGAGCUCCUCAAGAAGAACGACGCGCAAAAUCCAAAGGGGAAGGCGCCCGUCCCGCAGUUCGGGCUUCAGUGA